AGGUUUGUUGGAGUUCUUGUGCUUGGUUGUCAUUUGAAUUAGACCUCUCGCUCCUGUUCCUGUUGUCUAUAGAAGCAAUUCGUCCUUGUGAGGAGCAAUGUGUCUUUAAGAUAUCUAUCACUAUCCCAGCUCCUAUCCUGCUCCUGUAUUCCUUUAUAAAAACAUGACGGACCACCACGGCCGCACUCCAGCACACCCAUCAUGCUCUUCCUUCGGCGACAACGCCACUGAGUCUGACGCGAUGUUGGCCCCUUUGACGUACGUCUACCUGGCGGCACCCGGGUUCGAGGAGGAGAUUUGCCAUGCGGUCGGAGAAUGCGAUAGUGGUGCGUUCUCGGUGGUGGGGUACGACAGCGUUUGUGAUGCUGUCAACCAGCAGUGCACCAUGCAGAACAACACUGCAAGCGAGAAGACCGUCGCCGGACGACAAAUAAACGGGGUAGACCUCCAAGCCGUGCCUGUUUUCUUACGAAGGAAAGUGAUAAACGAGGAAGCAGUUGUCGUAGACGUCAGAGCGACGUCUGGAGUAGAGACCAAGAACAAGUUGUUGUCGGAGAAGAAAAAGUUGAUUUCGCUCCUCCACCACCCGUGGGCACUUGGCGGCGUUCCCUAUGUGCACUUGUGGUCUGGAAGUUGUCAGGCGCUCCUUUCUGCGACCACAGAGAGGACCACCCAAAAUUCAAUGUUUGAACAGCGAAGAAGCACUUGGGUGCGAGCCGUGGCGGAGGCGCGUGCGCUGCGGACCAAGGGUGUCGAGCGUUCGUUGAUGUCACACGAGCAAGUCGAAGAUCUCGUGGCCACAGCAGAAAACGAACAAAGUGGUAUGUAGUGAGGUCACCGAACGGUUCUAGCCGGGGAGUUUUUUUGCCACCUACCGUGAAAAACGACCGGCAGUUUUCAAGCGGCCGGAGGGCUUUUUGCACAAAAAAAAUUUUCAAUUUUCAAGCGGCUUUGGCUGUGUCGGCACCGAAUCGCCAGCGGAUUCUAUCGAUCGACGCUGGGUAAAACGACGCAGCGAAGCCAGCAAAAGGGGCGCCCUUCUGAGGCGCCCACCGCCUUGGUUUCUGGCGGUUUGGGGCGCCCAAAAAGGGGCGCGAAAAAAACGCGCCCAAAAUCAGAACAGCGAAACAGCAUGGCACGGCCGCGAUUUCGGAGCAUUUUGGGCGGCCACGAAAGCGGCCGCAUUUUCGCCGGUUUCAGAGCCUGGGAAGCUUUGCAAAAAGCGCCGGCUAGAAAAAUAAAAACGCAAAAAAGCAAAAGCGCGCCAGACGCGCAAAGCCAAUCCGCAUGCUAUGGGCCCGAUUUCCCUUCGCUUUUUGGGCGCCCCCCGUGGCACCCGGAUCGGCCCCAUAGCAUGGGGGCUGGCUUGCGGAAAGAAAUAUCGGAAAUUUGCCAAAAUUUGCAACGUUUAUCAAGCGGCCGCCAUACCGUGCGGCCUAACGUUACUCGCGACGGUAUGGCGGGCCCAGAAAAAGCAAAGCCGCGGCCAAGGCGACGGCCGGCAAGAAAACGCCCACGACCUCACUACCUCCGCCCCGGCGGGCGGCUAUAUUUGGUAACGAACAAAACGGGCAGCAGCUGUCGUUUCGCGUUUCCGUGCUCAAACUUGGACGGACGACAAAGUCGAGUUCCUCGUCAGGCUCUACUUCAGCUGCUGCUACGACGAGAAAUGCAGGAGCAGUUCCUGCGUCACCAGUUCAUCUUCCAGCAACGACGGACAGGCUCAAGGCUGUCAUUGCAGGUAACAUCACCCGCAUGUUUCCCUCCUGGAAGGUCGAUUUGUCAGUCGACUGCGACGUGGAGAUUGUCGCCAUGGUUCACGGAGAUCAUGAUUCGACGUGUAAUAUUAAACACGACAGCAGGAGCCCUUUGGUUGACCUAGUCCUGAACACGAAAAAGCAUUCCCACAAGCGGCACUUCGAGAAACUACCCAGCGAAUGGCGGUGCUACCAUUUUUUGCAGCACGGUCAAGGAGGAGAAAAAGAAGAGCAACAUUUUCAAGGGACAAGUAACGCAGUAGACAAGCCGGAGCAAGAAGGUCAUGAUGCCGGGGAAUCGAGAAGUCCUCUAGGUAUGAUCGAAGCUGCUCCAGGCGAGUUUCCUUUACCGACUACUGCAGCAGUUCUAGAAGAAGAAAUUACUACGCCAGGAAAAAAGGACGUCGGAAAAUCGUGUGAAGUAGAUGCACACGGUUCAUUACCAUUUCGCACGCCAGCGACCCAAACCCCUCCGAGCUCGCCGGAAGUUGUAGAGAAGGAAAUAAGCGCUUCUGUGCUCUCGGCAACCAAGUCAACGCCUUUUGUCAACUACCGGCGACUAAAACAAAUAGCGAAGGAGGUGAACAGAAAAAGCAAUAAGCAGAAUUGCAAUUCCACCACGACCCAGCACCCGAUGACGGUGAAAACAAAUCGAAAUAGAAAACAAGCAGCUGCAAGCAAGCAGAACAAAACCUUCACCAACACCUCCACCCUCCGUCCGUCCACGGCCUAUCUUCUUCUAAAAGCUGCCAAGUGUCCGAAAGCCGGAAACUUUCGCAUUCUGGAUUCGAUGGGAGGCCAGGGCACGAUCGCCUGCGAGGCGGUGUUGCAAUUUCCGAAUGUCGAAGCAGUGACGGUAGACGCGGAUCCGGAGCAGACAAGACUAGCAGAGAUUUGCAGCAAAGGAGUGCUGGAACGACGAGAGGAUAUUGAAAAAUACAACUGCAGUGACACGACAAGAAGUUCAUCUCUUACUUGCUACACUGGCGACGCGCGAAACGUAUCCACGCUCCUGGUCGGUGAUGGAGAUAAUAAAGACGGAAAAUUUUUGAACCCGUUCGACUUCGUCGUGGUCGACCUGCCUUUCGGCAACAACCACGGCAUCAUUGGCGCGACUUCAAUAACCGAAUUUCUAGCGGACUUUCUUUACGAAACGGCGAAAGUUUUGAAAAGAGAUUCCGGUCGGUGCUGUCUCCUUUGCACAAAAGUACACGCCCGACAGAUCCGGAACUUGCUGGCAGGCGGUGGGCCUUACGCCUCGGCGACAGGAGACCACUUUUCAUCUUCUGUCGAAGCUGGUUAUACUGUUAAAAAACGACCACCGCUGUCUCGCUUCUUCCAAACCGACGCCGUGAAGCAAGUGGGUAUUGGCGGGUGGCCGGCCGCUGUGCUCGUUUUGCAGCGGACGGACGCGGAAUUUGUUGACAACUCGGACGAGCAGCAGAACAAAGGCGCUACUAGGGAGGACGAUGUUAACGGACGCAAUGCCACCGCUCUGCUCGCGACACAGGAGAAACAAGAGCACGACACGACACGUGUUCCACAACCCAAGGAAAUUUCACGUCCCACAAUUCUCCGUGCAGAACUCUCGGCAAACAGUGCCUGGACCGCGAGCGACUGGUACUCCUGCGGGCAGUGGCAUGAAAGAGGAGAUGAUGUUGCCGGCACGUUAUCUACACCUACAGCUGAAACUUUGAAAGUCACCGACUUCCUGAUGCAGACGUGGCCAGAGCAUUUCCCGACUGUCAGCGCCUGCCGGAAAACGUGCAAGAGGCUCCGUGUGUGGCGCGAGAUGGUAGUAGAGAACCGUACAAAUAAGAAGACGAGCAUGUGGAGCACGGAUGUUGAAACAGAUAACCGCUUGCUCCAGUUCCAACCCUUGUCCGCGGAUCACCCGCUUUUCGACAGAAACACACACAGCCCUUCGGUGGAACUCGUAGAUGUAGAUGCAAAUCAGGACGACCAAGACCGGAUUUGCGUUCAUCCUGCUCAGAGGUACCGUGAAGCACAAGCGCCACUGCAAAUAACAACUCGAUUUUGGUUUUUUCCCGAUUACCCGCAUUUUCAACCGUACAAGAGUGGGUCCGAAGUCGAGCUUUUGUGGGAGAACGAAAGUUUUCUUGCCGUCCAGAAACCCUUCGGCAUGGCGGUACACGGCGGAAUACGCACCGUGCAGAACUGUGUGGCCGCGCUUUUGAUGGAGAGGCGAAAGAAAAAGCUGGACGACAAUGAGGUGCACAAGCCAGAAAGCAAAGAUCAGGAAGACAUAGAUCAUGUUGGCGUAGUAGUUGCUGCAGAAAAAGAAAAUGCUGCUGUCGUCGAUGUCGCAACUGAUCGAGAAACACUUACUAUCCCAAACGGCGUUUGCCUGUACGCGCUGCCUGACAAUGUGGCCGGGCCGAUUCUUGUCGCGAAAACGGUUCGCGCGGCGGUGAAUUUCCACUACUGCUUGAGGACGAGGUCCUCGCCGAGGGUGAUGAAGCUGAGAUUGCGUGCCGUGGUGAAAUGCGGCAAGGACCAUGCUGAGGGCCGUCAGGACGAGGAGGUAUCAGAAGCUUGCCUACAACUCGCCGAAACGCUCCAAAAAUCCGCCACCGGUAAGGACAACGACGGCGAACCCUUCUUACAACAGAAAAACUUCCGCGUGCACCGAACUGCCGAUAGUUUGCGGUUUGGAAAAAUUGCGGAAAUUUCCUGGAGCGACCACGUGAGUUAUAGAGAUCCAAAAGACGCAGUCGAACAGGCGAUACAGGGAUGCAAAAAUUAUCAAAAGGAAAAAUUCCUCCUCCCAAUUUCGAAACGAAGUUUCUGAUGCUGGAUUUCCGUACACAAAUCAGAUUUGUCUUGCAGUAGAGGACUGCAGGCAUAUGCCAAGCCUCAGUCGAGAGGUUUUGACGUAGGCGCCUAGUAGCAUGACAAACGUGUACUCUCUAAGCCCAACAGCAUCACAAACCGCCUGCAAAAUGUGGGGCGCGCUCUGAACUUGCCUUCUUGCAAGACAGACAGGAUUUGAGGUCACAAAUGCGCAUCACAAAUUUUCAGACGGAUACGUUUUCAGCAUGGGGAGGGGGGAUUUUUCCUUUUGAUAAGAAUGCGGGUUUCCCCAUUUUGGGAUCUUCCGAGGAGACGCACGUGCGCAAGGGCCGGCUGUUGUUGGUUGUCGAGGAUGUUUCUUUUUCUGGGUUCAUCUGCGAUGACGUGCAGCAGCCUGGCGACGCCGGGAUAAGCUGCAGAGGUAGUUGUAAUAGUAGUUCUACUACUUCUUCUUCGCGAGGUGGAGUUCUAACAUCUACGUUGCUCGCGGAACAAUCUCUAAACUACAAGGGAGAACAAGUAUGCAGUUUCAGUACUACUUCUGGGAACAAUGUAGCAGGAGUAUCAACGCCUGUCCGCUCUGUGGAGCGUUUUGACAAGCUUUUUCAGAUGGAAACUGCGGUGGUGGAACAUGCAAGAAGAGCUUCAUCUGUCGGUAUUCAAGAAGAACACGACGAGGCCGCAAAGAAAUGCUGAGAUGGACGCGAUAAAUGAUCAAUCAAAUCAUCUUCCGGUAAGAAUAAAUAACUCGACUGCAGCCAGCUAUUAUACGUGCAACUAACACUUCUACAAGUGGCUGUGUCUUGAGCUACUUCAACAUAUCUUCCCGCGUCAGGUAGCAUUGCGAUCCUUUAUUUUCGAGCCACGUGUGCGACGGUCGUGCUGGGGACGCGAUAAGAGAAAACCGUGACUCGUAUCAUUAUCAACAUCGAAUUCAUCUACUUCGCUCUAGGAGCAGAAUCGAAAGUGAUAAAGCACGGCAUACAUCUUUCAUCUCAUAUUUUGCCGUUUAUUGUACAGGUACAGCACUAGUAAAACUUAAAUUUUUCAUCAUCUGGCGACCGCGACCGAUUCCGAGUUUCGCAUAGCGACAUCAAGGUUACACGAACUGCAUUGUUAGAUUUUUUGCAGGUCACAGGGAUUGCUGAAUGUUCCUCGUAUUCUUGGAGCAAUCUUCGUCUUGUCCUACACCCGUGAGUGUAAUCCUGUGCAAUCUAUCGUGAAGAAUCGUAAACCGCGAAGGUCCUUCGUGCAUUUUCUGGCGCAUUGGAGCGUUUUGUUGACG